AUAUAAAACUUUAUUGCUCCCAUGUCCUUUCCUGGAUAUUUCGUUUAAUGGGUAUUUGCUAGUUUUGCUCCAUUAAAUAAAAUAAAAUAAUAAUAUUGAAAAGUUUUUAGAGAUGCUAGGCGAGGAAGAUAAGGACCGGUUUGCCGGAGCUGCAUCGAGAAGGUAUUCUCGGUCAGUUUCUUGGACUGGCCAGUCACCAUCUAAGCCUGCUAAUUCUAAUCCUAAGCCACAAACGAAUAGUAAAGCUCGCUCUUGUUUGUUGCCACCACUUCAACCCCUUUCAAUAACUCGGCGUAAUGUUGAGGAGUGGCCACGAGCGGGUUCUGAUGAUCUUGGAGUUUGGCCUCAUCCGCAAACCCCAAGAGGGUCUGCUAAUCCACCAGCAAGUCCGAAUCCGGAACAAACUGUAAGAGAAUUCCAGUUUAAGAGGGAUAAGCUUGCCUUUUUUGAUAAAGAAUGCUCUAGAAUUGCUGAUCAUAUAUACUUAGGAAGUGAUGCUGUGGCUAAGAACCGCGAGAUUUUAAGGCAGAAUGGGAUCACUCAUGUGCUUAAUUGUGUUGGGUUUGUUUGUCCUGAGUAUUUCAAGAUUGAUCUUGUGUACAAGACACUUUGGUUGCAGGAUAGCCCAUCUGAGGAUAUUACAAGUAUACUUUAUGAUGUAUUUGAUUACUUUGAAGAUGUUCGGGAGCAAGGUGGGCGGGUUCUUGUGCACUGUUGCCAGGGAGUGUCGAGAUCAACUUCUCUGGUCAUUGCAUAUCUCAUGUGGAGGAAAAAUCAGAGCUUCGAAGAGGCCUUUCAAUAUGUGAAGGCAGCCCGAGGUGUGACUAACCCCAAUAUGGGCUUUGCUUGUCAACUUUUGCAGUGCCAGAAGAGAGUUCAUGCCGUGCCUGCCAGCCCAAAUUCCAUAUUGAGGAUGUAUCGUAUGGCCCCGCAUUCUCCAUACGAUCCUCUACACCUUGUCCCCAAAACAGCAAACUGUCCUGGAGUUCAAGCACUUGAUUCUCGUGGAGCGUUUGUUGUGCAUGUUCCUUCUGCUUUAUAUGUUUGGAAUGGAAAGAAUUGCAACUCUGUGAUGUCAACUAGUGCACGAGCAGCAGCCUUUCAGGUCAUUAGGUAUGAGAGGGCUAAUGGUCCAAUCAGGAAUAUUAUAGAAGGAGAAGAGCCGCCAGAAUUUUGGGAAGCUCUUGCCAGUGGGCAAUCUUUACCAGAUGAUUGCGGGAAGGUGGAGAUGAAAAAGGAAGAUGACAAGUGUCCUGGAAGAGUUGAGGUUGCUGGAGAAGUUGGCACUGAGGUUGGUGAGAGGAAGGUCGAUGCAUAUGAUUUGGAUUAUGAACUUUUUCACAAGGCACUUGCUGGUGGGGUUGUGCCUCCUUUUUCAGUAUCCAAUACUGGAUCUGAAACUUGCCUUCCUGCAAGGGAGAAUGGAUGGAGCAGGCUUAGACGGAAGUUUUCUGUAGGCAUUAUGAAAGAAUUGUUCACGUCAUCCAAAUUUAAGUGUGACACUGCUCCAUCUUCGGAUGUAUCGGACAUGGUUAUAGAUAACUACAUACAGGAAAGACAGCCUGUUUCUUUAGUUGAUUCCCCUUCAUCCUUGGCAUCUUCAACCCAACUGUGUGGUUCCCCGGACUCCUUUGAAUGUUUUCCUCAUGGAAGCCCAGAUAGGAUAUCAGAAGCAUUUAAACAAGUAGAGCAGUUAGAUCCUCUUCCUCAUCCCUUCUCACCACCAUUUUGUGGAUCACCAGAUUCUUUUUCUCGUUUUCCAGACUGCAGUCCUAAGUUUAGUUCUAAAUCACCUACACUUUCACCUUCUACAUCUGAUUAUGCUAGUUCAUUUUCUUUUUCGCCCUCAUCUUCUAACUGGUCUGACCUAUCAUACCUGUCCUCGCAGCAGCCUUCUCCGUCUGGCUUAUUAGAUUCAACAGAACUAUAUCCAAUUAAGAAUAUUUCUUUGUUAGAUAUGUUUAACAAAGAAACUAAUACCCCAACACAUCCAGAAAUAUUUUAUGAUAAUCAUACUUUUAGAACCCAAACUGCAGGCUCACCUUGUAAAGGGCUUACCCCCUCUAUUGCCGAGCGUAGAGGGAGUAAUCCACCACCUCGGAUGUUGUUAUCCUCUGUUGAUGAAUCACCUCAAGCUCCAAGAACUCUGGGACGAUCUGGGUCUUUUUCUAAUCCUGACCUUGAUGAUGAUGGGAUGAAGGAUCUUGACUAUAAUCAAUUUGAGAAUGAAGACAAUAGAGAAGAGGUAAUGCUAGAUGUGAAUAUCUUUAGUCAAGCAAAUGAAGUAGGAAGUGAAAUUAGAGAAAAAGAAGAGGGUGGUCAAACUCGUCUUUUUACAGGUGAAAUAAUCGAUGAGGCUGCAGAAACGGUGAACCUAGUCUUAUACAAGUGGCCUUCAUUGAACAAAAUUGUGGGACCUUGUGUUCGCGAACUCGACUCUGGAUCAGCGUUUAUGUUAUUAGCUGAAGAAGCAAGUUUGGGAAGAAAAAACCAUUGCACAUUAACUCUCUGGUUGGGACGUGAAAUCUUGCAGAAGAAAGGGCAGAAGCUCAGUGAGCAGAAUGAGAGUGGCGAUCUGCACUGGGAGAUGACUGCUCGCAACUUCCUUAAUCAAAUGGACUUGCCAUUGAACAUUCCUGUCCAGGUGGUAAGAGAAGGACAAGAGCCAGAACAAUUUUUAAACCAUCUUAGUUGCUUAGCUCUGCAAAAGACAGAGGAGGACGUGGGACAUGGUAAAUAGGAGAGGUUUUCUUUUUUUCCAAAGAUAAGAUCUUUGUUUGUAUGUAAUAAAUCAACACCACCUAAUGGAGAAUGGAGAGUAGUUGUCUUGAAUAUUUUGAAAGGUGGGUGUGCAUCCCGGGCAGCCUCAUAUCUGCUUGUGUGAUGUGUGGGAGAGAAUGUAAGUUAUUAAUACAGCAAAAUCAUGUACAGAGAACAGCCCCGCUGUAGACCAAAUACUAAUUACAAGUAAAUAGUAUUAGGUUCCUCUGUUUUUUGGAUAGAAAUAAUUUCAUUUGGAAUGAACGAAGCAAGCAAGCUGUUUUCGUUUC